GACGACCACACAGCCAUCCGACGGGAGGUAGAUCUACUGAGUGGAAGAGCUGCCAGCUCCACUACUACAGAGACUAGAGCGACCACAGAGGCGAGAUGCUGCUGCUACAGCCGGCCAUGUAGACUUGUAAAAACGCAGUAGCGACCCAGGCCAGGCGCAAACAGCUAUGUAUCCGAGCAGGCAACAGUUUGGGAGAAAUUCAGAACCAAGAGCGGCAGCGAUAAAGAGUCCUCGUGCCGAUUAAAUAUUUCUGGCUCUUGCCUAAGGGUACUUUCAGACUACUGUCUGUAUAGCGUAUUACUGAUCAAAAGUAUCCUGAGGACGCCAGUACUACAGUAGAGAUGGUACCAGUCGGCGGCAGUGACUUGCAAGACGAUUGAUUGCACGGCGAUUUCUCGUCCACAUAAUUAUUUUGAGCGGCAAGGUUCAAGGAGGGGAUUGCAACAAUUGUUGCGGUGCUGCCGGCGAAGAGACAGCGGAGUCCAAGCCACGCUGAGGCUACCGGUCGUAUCGUUGAUGCAGCGAACGUUUGCAUGCAGACGGUUACUCGGCCCACCGUCAUUCAGACUUGACCGACGACCGUCCCACACACAUCGCCGAGUGGCUGUGCUCCGUAACGCCAUUAGUCAAAUUUUACUAGUAGUAGUAGUGCCGUCAGUCCGGGUCGGUAGCCAUUGACCAUCGACAGGGCGCACCGCCGGCGGCGAUCACUCGAUCGACGACUACAGUCCAGAAUAGGCGUGACCCGAGUUGACUGUUGCGCUCACAACCGUGGCUACUAGUCGGCAAUGGCAAGCUUACGGCUAAACCCGAAGUUGGUGGCAGGUGGUGCAGUACCUGCUGGAGCAACGGAUGCCAGCAAGUGUGUCAGACCAGCUUAUAAUCACUGGAACACAAUCAGAUGUCCGCACACUGGUGGAGAUAAGGAAUACUGCGAGGACCAGUUUUGCGUAGCAAGAAAUAUCAACGGGAGUAUCUCAUUCGGCUGCACCGGCUUUGUUUCUUUUUUCGGAGAGAAUAAACAGUGUAGUCUAGCUUAUAAAUACAACCCUGGAGGCGAUCCAAUCAUCUUCUGUUGUUGUACAAAUGGCUGUGCAGAUCAUCAUUUUGCUUUACUCACUGACAAGCCCUUUCCUUCGGGCCUCUUGCCGUUCCAGGCUCCGUCCGAUCGGUACUACUUUAACCCGGACAUUGCCUGGCCCGUUCCUCCCGUUCCGACAAAUAGCACUGUGAACCCCACAGCGUCCACGAACACAGCACUGCGGAACACAACAGCAUUCCAGAACACAACAGCACUCCGAAACACAACAGCAUUCCAGAACACAACUGCACUCCCAACAACAUCAACACUCCCAACAACAACACCACUCCCAACAACAACACCACUCCCAACAACAACAACAACAACAACAACAACAACAACAACACCACUCCCAACAACAACGCCACUCCCAACAACAAAACCACUCCCAACAACAACAACACCACUCCCGUCCACCGUGUUUCCGUCCACCGCGUUCCCGACCACCGCAGGCACCAUCUCGGGACCGUUGCCAAACCCGCUGACCACGUUCGCCGUUGCAACUAUUGCUCCUCUGGCUCUCAUCGUUGUCAUACUUCUGCUGGUCGUGCUGGCAAUCUGCAGAAAGAGUUUCCGGCCAGCCAAGGGAAAUGGCGUCUCACCUGGUACAGGCAAGAAAGUGGAUGUUGUUGAGACGGGUUCUAGUGCUGGUCUAUCAAGUGGCAGAGGCGGUAAUACCCGUAUGGUUGCUCGCAGCCUGGCUGACAUGAUUGAGUUAGACCGGACCAAACCGCUGGGCUCGGGAGGCUACGGAAAUGUGUAUCGGGGCGUCUGGCAAGACCGUCAAGUUGCAGUCAAGGAGUUCACCGACGAACGUGCUUUCCACUGGGAGCAUGACCUUCUCUCCAGCUUCAAUCUGUGUCACAGCAGCAUCAUUGACCUGUACGGUGCAGACGUCCGUAUCAAUGAGUUCCUUCCCACCCAAUACUGGCUAGUUAGCCAGUACUACCCAUGUGGGUCUCUGCUCGACUACCUCAGGACGUCUGCGUUUGCUGGCAAUGGCGACAGCAAGAAGCACUCCGUUCCGGGGCCGGGGGGCGAUCAAGGAGAGUGGAACGAUGCUACCCAGAGAGCUGAGAUUCAGCCGCGCCAUCGCGAGACCAUGUUCCAGCUGAUGCAGAGCCUGAUCAGCGGUAUCGAGUACCUGCACUCUCGCUCGCCGGCCACGAACAUCCUGCGAGGCUCACGUCCCACGCACAUGGACAGACGAGUGACGAUUGCCGCCGCUGGUGGGGGUAACUAUGGCAACCGAGCUGAGGAUGGUCAGAUGCACAUUGUCACCACAGCCAAACCGGUCAUCGCACAUUGUGAUAUCAAGUCGGCCAAUGUGCUCGUACGCAAAGACGGCACGUGUUGUAUUGCCGAUUUCGGUCUGGCCGUCUUCAUGGACCCGGGCACGGAGCACAUCCACCGACCAACUCACCUGGCUAAGCAAAAAGGAACCAAUCGCUACCUGUCUCCAGAAUGUCUGAGUGGUACCGACGGUAGCAGCAUGGAGUCCUAUUUGCAAGCGGAUAUUUACUCCCUGGGUUUGGUCUUGUGGGAGAUUGCCAACUCCUGUCCUACUGCCAGCAAUCCGCAUGCCGCACACUCCCUGCCUUACCAGCACAAGCUGAGUCACGGCAGCCCUACUAUGGACGAGGUCAAAGAAGUCGUGUGUGACAGCAGACUGCGACCACUGGUGCCGAAAAGCUGGAGCAGAGAUAAGUUGUUGCAGCAAAUCAGUGUGCUACUGGAGUCAUGCUGGAGCCAUGAGCCACACAGCCGACCCUGCAUCACCACCGUCAAGUCCAGCCUGGAACAGCUACGUGCAGCCGGGCAGCAACAACGUAGCAACAACCCCGGCAAUACCAGCUCGGUCGUCACGCCGACUGCAUUCAAAGUGGAGCUCGCCAGCGGCGGUACUCCAGAGCGCGUAACCAUGGUAACAAAGACUGACACCGAGAGCGUCGUGUCCACAAUGUCUGACCCGCUUCACCUCGGUCCACCGCCGUUCUUGGGAGAGGGUGCAGACGAGCUGAACGUCUGAAGGUCGGAUACCACGUCAAAGUGCCGCCUGCUUGUAACCGGGAGCCGUACUCACACCCGGGUGCCUCGCUCAGCCCCGUAAACACCAGCGUGUAGGCGCGGUGGCACGCGUCCCGGCCCACAGAGUACCGGGUGGCCACCACCUCCACCACCACCGCCGGUGUCGUGGAAAUCAUUGGACGAGUCCCACGCAUGUCACUGUCCUGUAUCUAAUCAACAGAAUAAAUUAUGCUCUCUCUACGUAACUCGGCCCACAUAGUACCAGGUAGCCACCAUCCCGCCACGAACACCGUUGCAGUGGAACCCAUCUGACGAGUCCCACCGAAUUCGACCGGCCCGGCAUCCAAUCAACAGCUUCUCACGGUUCUCGCCGUGGACAUGUUGUUUUUGAUUUUGAUUUAUUUCAGUUCCUUGCCUCAGCAAUACACUGCGGCACAACUUCAAGGAGAGAUAUGUAUGAUGUAUAUCUUCUACGAUCUGCCACUAGCUGUAACCAUGGUAGCAGCAGAACGAAAUGGUCACAAUUCCUAUAUUAGUAUAAUCAGAGGUACAGACUCUACCCAUAAUGGAGAGACUUUAAUUAUACAUUUAUUCUCCAAGAUGCAUCGACCUCUCGGUCUAGAGCUGUCACAACUUAGUUUGACUAACUUUAUAACCAUCCUAUUCUCACCGUCUCAAUAGGCAAGUCUGAAUUAAUUUAAAGAUAUGAGUCACGAUUGAGAAUGUGAAGUGAUAUUGUCUGUCACGUUUUGUACACUGUUUUUAAAGGCAAGUAACUGUUCAUGUCAUUUUCAUGUUUGACUUAAAAAUCUCGGAUUUUGAGUUUUUUGCACUCCAUACAUAAAUUUUAUUUUCAUCAUUUUAUUGGUUUGGUGAGACUCCCAUGAUAGGUAUCCAUUUACCUCUGGAGAAUCCGUAAAUAAAUAAACUACAGCUACUAUGUGAUCAUGAUAUGUACGUACAUGAUUGUAUUGUGCUAUUCUGUG